AAAAAUCGAUUAUGGUUUUAAUUAACUAAUUAAAAUAAUGAAUCACUAAACCCUUAUUAAGAGAAAUAAUGAAGAUUGAGUAAAAUCGAAGAAUUACGAUGUGGAUGCAAUGCAGAACGAAAGCAGCACGAAGGCUGCUACAACAAAACGCCAACCACCACCAUCAGCCGCAGCGGCAACUAAGCUAUAACGUUUUGGUUGAAGAAAAUGAAUACUCCAGACUCGCUCAACUCAACCGACCCUCCGCUCUCAAUGCCAUCAACACCUCCAUGGCUGCAAGACUGCAUAAACUUUAUAGAAAUUGGGAAGAUAACCCUAAUAUUGGUUUUGUCAUGCUCAAGGGAAGUGGCCGGGCAUUUGCAGCUGGUGGAGAUAUUGUCGCGCUUUACCGUUUUAUAAACCAAGGGAACAUGGAAGCCUGCAAAGAAUUGGCUAGAACAGUAUAUAGUUUUAUAUACAUGCUAGGUACAUAUAUGAAGCCUCAUGUAGCUCUUCUGAAUGGCAUUACCAUGGGCGGUGGGGGAGGAAUUUCAAUCCCUGGUACAUUCCGAGUUGCAACUGACAAAACUGUUUUUGCUAUCCCUGAAGUUCUUAUUGGUUUCCAUCCCGAUGCUGCAGCAUCUUUUUACCUGUCACGUCUACCUGGUCACUUAGGAGAGUACUUGACUCUUACUGGGGAAAAGCUCAACGGGGUAGAGAUGGUUGCCUGUGGGCUUGCUACACAUUAUUCGCUACUUGCAAAGCUUCCACUAAUUGAAGAACAGCUGAGGAAACUGGUUACUGAUGAUCCAUCUGUCAUAGAAACUACUUUAGAACAGUAUAGUGAUCUUGUAAAACCAGGUGGCUGCAGUGUACUUCAAAGGCUUGAAGUUGUUGAUAAAUGCUUUUGCCAUGACACGGUUGAAGAGAUUGUUGAUGCAUUGGAAGUUGCGGCGAGUGAAACAAAAGAACUAUGGUGCAUUUCUACCCUAAAUAGACUUAAAGAAGCUUCUCCAUUGAGCUUGAAGGUUUCCUUAAGAUCUAUACGAGAAGGUAGAUUUCAGACCCUUGAUCAGUGCUUGUUGCGCGAGUACCGAAUGACUUUACAAGCAAUAUCUAAACAAAUAUCAAAUGACUUCUGUGAGGGUGUGAGGGCACGUGUGGUUGACAAGGACAUGGCACCAAAGUGGGAUCCUCCAACCUUGGAAAAUGUGUCACAAGAUAUGGUGGAUCGGUAUUUCUUACCUCUAAGUGAAUUUGAACCUGAUCUAGAGCUGCCAACAAAAUCCCGCGAAGCUUUUUUGGAUAGAAGUAUGGUCGGAAGUUGAAUCAUGUAGCCAACACCACUUAGUGGGACAAGAUUUAGUUGUUAUUGUUGUAUCUUUUUCUCUAGAAUCGGUCAAACAAAUAUACACCAUUGAUAUUAGUCAUUGUUUGGCAUAGAGGAACGUCUCCCUCUAUUCUGACCUGCUUAUAAUCAUUGACUUCACAUUCAUACAACAAAUAGUUUCCUGAAAAUAAAAUUGGGCUGACUCUGGAAUAUCAUUAGAACAGACUAAAUUUUUAUUCAUUUUUGCCUAAAUAUGGUUCUCAACAUGGUAUCCGAGCUAUAGUUGCCACCAUCAAAAAGCGACAAUUUUAUUUAUCAUCAAAGAUAAUCUCCAAUCACUUUUGUCCUUCUUUUUAAUUUCAAUAUGUUCUUCUCUUUUCAAUUUCUUUGUUAUUUUUUAUGUUUGGUGAACAUGUAUAUUUGAAAUUGGUUGAAGCUCAUUUAACAAAGACAACCAUCAUUGCCAUUAUCUUUCUUCAUUCUUGUUUACAUCUACAAACAAGGGAAUCUCACAAAUAAUUUCUACAUGCGGAAACUGCCAUGGAAUGAGUUUUUAUCCUGCAAGUAGUCUUUGAAUAUCAACAUAAUGACACCACACCAACUUUGCCAUUUGAAUACCCAAGAAUAUAGUUAUUAAUUAUUUUUGAAUAAGCGCUAAUGAGAUAUUGGAAGAUUUUUAAUUAUAUUGGAAGA